AAGUAUACACGCUUGAAUUUACUUCAGUAUUCAUCUCGCAAUCAUAUGCAUAAAGUCUUAAGAAAUGAACGUACAUCUGUGACAAGUCGAGUGUUUUUGUUCAUGUAAACAUUGUAAAAAGUUGAAAACGAAAAUUUGAAAAAAGAAGGAGUUUUGUGUUGAAGUGCUGUGACAGUUUGAGUUUUUUUUACCUUAAUGAAACAUUGUAAAAUUCUCAGUUCAUAGUUUACAAAAUGUUACAGAUUAUUGCAUUUUUAACGUUAUUAUUACUUAAUAUCCAACAAAUCGAGUGUAAUGGUCACUAUUCGAUUGUGGCACCUGAUGUAAUUCGGCCAAAUUCCGAAUAUCAUGUUGCGAUUAGUUUGCAUGACAGUUCAACACCGUGUGAAAUUCGCGUUGGCAUUGAAGGCAUUCAAAAUGGAUAUUCAAAUUAUCGAGAAACAUCUUUGCAACCGUACACAAGUCAAUUGAUACGAUUCACGACUGGUUUUAUGCAAUCUGGUCAAUAUCGUUUAAAUGCUGAAGGUUUGAGUGGUUUGGAUUUCCGGAACGAAAGACCGCUCAGUUUAGUAUCAAAAAAUGCAUCGAUAUUUGUGCAAAGCGACAAGGCUAUAUACAAACCUGGUGAUUUGGUGCGCUUUAGAAUACUUGUUCUUGAUCAUAAUUUGAAACCCGUUCCAAGCCAACAGCCAACCAAUAUUUUUAUUACGGAUGGCGGUAAUAAUCGCAUAAAAGGAUUUGCCAAUUUGAAAACAUCACGUGGCAUAGUUAGCGAAGAAUUGCAGCUAUCGAGUUAUCCUGUGCUUGGUGAUUGGUACAUCACAGUUGAGGUGAUGGGCGAAGUAAAGAAAUAUAAAUUUGAAGUGGCCGAAUACGUUUUGCCAAAGUUUGAUGUUACAAUUGAUACGCCAAAACAUCAAUAUUUUCAAGAUGGUAAAAUUCGAGCAACAAUUCGCACAAAAUAUACGUAUGGAAAACCGGUAAAAGGUGAAGUCACUGUGGCUGUGUACCCAAAAACCUAUGGAUCAUUUCAACCAUUUGCAAAUAAUUUGAUAACACGCAAAGUGUCGAAAAUUGAUAGUAAAGCAUAUGUUGAAUUUGACAUUACAAAUGAAUUGAAUGUUAAAGAAGACUACGAACAAGCAAUGGUCAUGGAAGCUAUUGUAGAAGAAGAAUUCACUGGUCGCAAACAAAAUACAACAGUUGACCUAUUUUUACAUAAAUCCAAAUAUAAAAUUGUAUUAAAUAAUGCAGUAGCCAAUUAUAAACCGGGACUGCCGUAUAAUGUAAUGGUGUCAGUGCAAAAAUUCGAUGGUACACCUGUUACAAAUGGUGCCAAUACCAUUCGUGUUCGAUUGGCGUCAAGCUAUUAUGACGAUGAAAAUGCAACUGAAACCAUUCAUACGCUUGACCAAAACGGCAUUCUUUACUAUGAUAUCAUUGUGACACAUUCGAAUGGAUUUACACUCAAAUUCAUUUACUUGGAUGCCGAAGAAAGACUUGGAUGGAUUCCAGCUGUUCAUUCAGAUAGUCAUGCGUAUCUCAAAGCUACACUAAAAACAGCAAAGCCACGAAUCAAUCGAGAUAUUGAAAUUGAAAUUCAAUCAACCGAAAGUCUACGUUAUCUCUCAUACCAAGUGUUGGGCCGUGGCGAUAUUAUCGUCACAAAUUCAGUUGAAAUUCCAAAUAGAAAGAGUCACAUCAUAACAUUUUUGGCAUCAUUUGCUAUGGUUCCAAAAGCACAGUUCGUCGUUCAUUACAUUAAAAAUGAUGAAAUCAUUUCGGACCGAUUGGAAAUUGAUUUGGCGGAAGAUCUGCAAAAUUAUGUUGAAAUUGAUGUAUCGACGAAACAAGCACGGCCUGGACAAGAGGUCGACAUUACUGUAAUUAGCAAACCGAAUUCAUAUGUUGGUAUUUUGGGUGUGGAUCAAAGUGUCUUAUUACUACGCAAAGGAAACGAUUUGGACAAAUCACAAAUAUUCAACGAACUGGACGAAUAUUCGAGAAAACAGUUGACUCAUUCAAGAUAUUACGGAAUUGAUGAGUGGGAGGAUUUUGCUAAUUCUGGCGCUGUUCUACUCACAAAUGCCAAACCAGCGGAAAAUCCAGUGUAUCAGUCGUCAACAGUCCCAUCGUAUGAUAAUGAAAUAUCGUACGGUCGAAGCCUAACAACCGUUAAAAAAACAGACAUUGGGCCAGCUCACGUUCUAAGAACAAAUACGCGACCACCAUUAGCCGGUCCGUAUGCAUUUUCACGUAUUCCAAAACCAUAUUGGGAUCGACCACGAGUUCAUCUCAUGAACGAUAUUAGCGACUCAUUUUUAUUUGUUAAUUUCUCCUCGGGCAACGCUGGACGUCAUACGAUCCAUAAAAAAGUUCCAGAUACAAUAACAUCAUGGGUUAUAACUGGAUUCUCUUUGGAUCCAAUAAGCGGUCUUGGCUUAUCAAAGGAGGCGAGAAACUUACAAGUGUUUCAGCCAUUUUUUGUUUCAUUAAAUUUACCAUAUUCGGUGAAACGUGGUGAAGUUGUUUCCAUUCCCAUCGGUAUUUUCAAUUAUUUGGACGAUGAAUUCGAUGUUGAAGUUACUCUGCAUAAUACUGAACAAGAACUUGAAUUUGUGCAAAUGGCCAAUGAAAUUGAUUCGCCGAAAAUUGAACUUUAUCGCCGAAAGACGGUGCAUGUAAAUGCAAAUGAAGGAACUGGCGUAUCGUUCAUGGUGAAACCAAAAAAAAUUGGCCCAAUGACAAUAAAAGUGACGGCACGUGCUCCUAGAGCUGGUGAUGGUGUUGAACGAAUUUUGAAUGUUGAACCAGAAGGAGUAGCACAAGUUGAAAAUUUGGCAAUGAUUAUCGAUUUACGUGAUAAAACACAAUUUGAUGGUAAUUUUACGUUUAUCAUUCCCAAAAAUGCGGUUUCUGAUUCGACAAAAAUUGAAAUUUCCGCCGUUGGUGAUUUGCUUGGCGGUUCUGUGAAAAAUAUGGAAAAGCUCAUUAAAAUGCCAUAUGGCUGUGGUGAACAAAAUAUGUUGAAUUUCGUACCAAAUAUUGUAAUUAUGGACUAUCUACGAACGACAAAUCAAUUGUCACCGGCUGUCGAACUCAAGGCAGUAACAUUCAUGGAUGCCGGUUAUCAACGUGAAUUGAGUUACAAACACGAAGAUGGUUCGUUCAGUGCGUUUGGUAAGAGAGACAAAAGUGGCAGCACAUGGCUCACGGCAUUUGUUGCACGAUCAUUCAUCCAAGCAUCCAAAUACAUUCAAGUUGAACAACGGAUUAUAAAUGAGGCUUUGGAUUGGCUGAGCCACAUUCAAGCACCAAAUGGUAGCUUUCCAGAAGUUGGAAACAUUAUAUCAACUGAAAUGCAAGGCGAAAGCGGUAAAGGCACUGCACUGACCGCAUACGUGUUGGCGGCAUUUUUGGAAGAUCGAAGUAAAUCGACCAUGUACCAGAAUGUAAUCAAUAAAGCUAUUGACUAUGUUGCAAGAAAUCUUGAAGGAAGUGAUGACCUUUAUUCACUUGCUGUAGCUGCAUAUGCAUUGCAAUUAGCCAAUCACAAUUCUAAGAAUUACAUUUUGCAAACAUUUGAUUUGAAAUCCAAGCGAAAAGAUGAUAAAAAGUGGUGGGAAAAACCUGUUCCAGAGGCAGAUACCAAAAAUAUUUGGUAUACGAAGCCAAACUCAGUAAAUGUGGAAAUAACUUCAUAUGGAUUAUUGGCAUUAUUAGAAGCCGGAUACUAUUCUGAUGCAUUGCCAGUUAUAAGAUGGCUGGUAAAUCAACGAAACGAACUGGGUGGUUUCCAGUCAACUCAAGAUACAUUCGUGGGAUUAAGAGCAUUAGCCAAAUAUGCGGAAAGUACAUCGAACAACUAUAACAAUGUACAAGUUCGAUAUAAAUAUGAAGGUGGUGAAAGUCAAAUCAACGUCAAUGGAGAUAAUGGAUUGAUUCAGCAAAUCAACGACCUUCCAAAUGAUGUGCGCCAAGUGAAUGUCACGGCAACUGGUAGAGGUUUUGCAUUAUUGCAAUUGACCUAUAAAUAUAAUAUAAAUGUUACUGGCGCUUGGCCACGAUUCACAUUGGAUCCACAGCCGAAUAAAAAUUCACAUCAAGACUACUUACAUCUUACCGUUUGUACCAGUUUUGUUUCGAUUGGCAAUGAAACAAAAUCAAAUAUGGCUGUUAUGGAGGUUCAAUUUCCUAGUGGUUUUACAGCUGAUUUGGACACACUGCCAUCGCUUGAAGUAUCCGAAAACGUGAUGAAAGUUGAAACAAAGAAUGGAGAUACGAUUGUUGUGAUAUAUUUUGAUCAUUUAACACGAAAAGAACUGUGCCCAACGCUUGAUGCAUUCCGAACGCAAAAAGUAGCCAAACAACGACCAGCAGCCGUUACCAUUUAUGACUAUUAUGACAAUUCUCGUCGGGCACGCCAAUUUUAUAAAAUGCGAGAAACAACGCUAUGUGAUAUUUGUGAAGGAAGUGAUUGCAGUGAUACAUGCCAAAUUCGAGCAUCGCAACAGCGAAGUUAUGAGUCAUCAUUACUCGAUGACGAAGAAUAUGCUAGGGUGAUGGAAACCAGUAACUCUCAGUCAUUAUAUGUUUCGGAAAUCAUUCUAGUUGUUAGUUUAUUGUCUACAUUUCUAACGCGAUAAAUUAUUAAUUUUGCAUAAAAAUUUAACAAAAAAAUUUCAUUCUAACCAAAUAUUAUUUCUAAGUUAACUGCGUAAGAGAAUCGAUGUUAUUUAAAACGAGUAAUUUAUAUAUAUAUAUAUAUAUAUUCGAAUGCAAUAGAUUUAACAAAGCCAUGAUUAGUGAUAUGUUCAGUUGUUAACAAUAUUAGUCCAAAUAAUAAAAUGAAACGGAAUAAACUCAAAUAAGCAACAAAAGUAA